UUUAACGAUGAGCCACAAAAGGAGGAUCCCCAAAUUCCAGAGCUUCCUUUGCUUUCUGAAAAAUUUAAAAUGGAUAAGAUCCUGUGGAUUCUCCUGAUAAGUUUUCCUGGAAGUCAAGCUUCAAGGACCUUGGUUCCAAAAAACGCUGAAUUUGUGGUGGAUCUUUAUCAAGCUAUUUGCUCAUCUCACACAAACAACAUUGUUUUUUCUCCUUUUGGAACAACUGUGCUUCUCAGUAUGGUCCAAUUGGGAGCCAAAGGAAGAGCACAGCAACAGAUAAGAGAAACUUUAAGGCUGCAGGAAACAUCAAAUGGAGAAGAAUUUUCUGUACUGAAGUCAUUUAUCUCUGCCAUCUUGGAGAAAAAACAGGAAUUUACAUUUAAUCUUGCCAGUGCCCUCUACCUACAGGAAGGAUUCUCUGUGAAGGAAACUUAUCUCCAUGACAACAAGGAGUUUUUCCAGAGCUCUACAAACCUGGUGGAUUUUCUGGAUGCAAAGGCUUGUGCAGAGAAAAUAAGUACAUGGGUAGAAAACAAAACAGAUGGAAAAAUUAAAAACAUGUUUUCAGGAGAAGAAUUUGGUCCUCUGACUCGGCUUGUCUUGGUGAAUGCUAUUUAUUUCAAAGGGGAUUGGAAACAAAAAUUCAGAAAAGAGGACACAAAACUGAUGGAUUUUACUAAGAAAGAUGGUUCAAGAGUCAAAGUUCCCAUGAUGAAGUCUGUGCUGAGAACAAAAUAUGGUUAUUUUUCUGAGCCCUCUAUAAAGUGUCAGGUUUUGGAACUGCCUUACAAGGGUGAUGACUUCAGUUUAAUUGUCAUCCUUCCUGAGGAAGAUGUGAGCAUAGAAGACCUGGAAAAAUUAAUUACUGCUCAUCAUAUACUGCGUUGGUUCUCUGAGAUGCAUGAACAGGAAGUGGAAGUAAGCCUCCCUAGAUUUAAAAUACAGCAAAAAUUAGACUUCAAGGAAGCUUUCCAUUCAUUGAAUAUAACUGAGAUAUUUAGUGGUGGUUGUGAUCUUUCUGGAAUUACAGAUUCAUCUGAUGUGUAUGUUUCUCAAGUCAUGCAAAAAGUUUUCUUUGAGAUAAAUGAAGAUGGUGGUGAAGUUGCUUCAUCCUCAGGCAUGAACAUCCCUGUGAUUAUGAGUUUGACUCAAACCCAAUUUACAGCAACUCAUCCGUUUUUGUUUAUUAUGAAGAACAACCCAACAGAAUCACUUUUGUUUAUGGGAAGGGUGAUGAAUCCUGACAGCCAAGCAGUGAAGGGAAGAGAUUUAGAUUCACUGUGA